CGCAGGUGCUGAUCAUCCCGAAUCGUAUCGCCGGUUGAGGGGAAGGGGUGGCUGGGCCCCUGUUUCAGCCUCGCGGUGGCGCGAUCAUCCGAGCGUGCUCAUGACUCGACAUCACAGGGCCAUCCCGUCGCAAGGGCUGACCUCAUCCUCUACCCGUCCGCGCUGCACCACCAAAAGAAACACCGAAGAUGUCAAUCGACGGGCAGCAUAAUUGUGUGUUGAAACACUAACAGCUUCAGCGAGUGCUCCACGGUGCAAAUCACAUCUGAUCGUUGCCAAUUCCGCUCACCCUCACGGUUCUAGGCCUUUGGCAGAUGAGGGUGAAUUACAUAGUAGUUGGUAUAUAUGAGGCUUGGGAUGAACCAUGGCGUUCCUGAGAGUGCAUUCCUCUCUUUUUUGUCAACCCAGUGAACAGCACUGCUCAUCUUUCCCUUGGGCUUCUCAUUCUCGUCACUGUCCUUAUCAUCUGACGUUUGUUUUCACCCCAUUACCGGCAUUGAUUGCUGUCCCUUUUCACUUUCAGCUGCCACUCAUUGGACCUCAACGUGUAUCCGGUUCUGGUAACCGACAGAAAAGAGUCGAGGAAACAAGAAGGUUAGAGAAAAGCAAGAGAAAAAAAAAAGAGAGGAAAAGGUCAAGAUGCAUUUCACUACCUCCUUCCUCGCCUCCAUCGUUCCGGUCCUUCUGCUGGGGACCUCCUCGUCCGCGUUCCAGCUCCGUGAACGCUGCAAAGCAGGUAAGCAUACUUAAGCCUAUCACUUACUUAACCCAACCAUAACCUACUACGCCUACCGAAAUGCCAUGGGGUUAACCUACCUGGCUGACCACAUUCUCCCGCAUCCAGCCCCUGACGCGGCGCCCGCGACGCUGACGACCUCGGUGGUCCCGACCGCCGCCGCCGCCGCCGCCUCCGCCGCGGGCCCUGCCGAUGCCGCGACCACUACUGCGGCUGCUGCUGUUGCCGAUGGCUUGCUUGGUGACGAGGAGGAUUCCGAGCUGGGCCAAACGACGAACUUUCGACGCUGGAGGGUGAGAAGGCAGUUUGGUAAGGGCAAAGGCAAGGGAAAGGGCAAAGGUAAAGGGAAGGGCAAGGGCAAGGGCAAGGGCAAGGGAAAGGGCAAAGGCAAGGGAAAGGGUAAAGGUGCCGGUGGUGCUGCCGGCGGUGCUGCCGGCAACGGUACGGACGUCGGAACGGGUGGUGGUGGUGCUACCGGCAACGGUACGAACGUCGGAGUGGGCGCCGGCGGCAACGCCUUUGGUAACGGAGGCGACGAGGGCACUGGUACCGGGGCUGGAACCGGAUUUGGUUCCGGGGCUGGUAACGGUGCAGGCACCGGAACCGGCUCCGGCUCCGGAUCUGAUGCUGGGGCAGGCAAUGGGACGGACAGCGGCGCUGGAACUGGAUUUGGCGGCGGAUCUGCAACUGACGGUGGUAACGAUUUCGGUGCCGGGACGGGUUCCGGUACCGGAACCGACACAGACGCCGGCACUGGUUCUGGAUUCGGCGGCGGUACUGGAACGGGCGCUGAUGCCGGCUUCUAAGCUGGAACAGGGUUCGGUACUGGAACAAGCGAGGGAAGCACGGACUGAGAGCUUCUAAGAGGUGCCGGAACUACUGUGUAGGCAGGCGGCUAUGGGAUGCGGGGCGAGGGGCAGAGUCAGGAAGGGAAUGUUCUUCCCAGCUGGGAAUCCGGAACAAUCGUGUUGUUGUAGCGUAUCAAGUACGGAUUAGGUUGAACAGCGUAACCUGGAUGUGAGCCGAGAAAACAGCGGCGAGGUGCACACGUAUAAUUUUCCGCACCCUGUUCAUUUUUCUUCCCUUUCCUUUCUUUCUUUUUUUUAAAAAAACAUUAUCAUUAAUCCGUAUUUGUCCUCCUUUCAGUAGGCAAUAAUUAUGGUUGUGAGCUGUCAGAACGGUUGUAUGAAAUUUACAAAAUAAGUCGGCGCCCACUUAA